AUGUCCAACAUGGAACUUGUAUCUCAAUUCACUGAGGAUGCUAUUGCCAAGGAGGAUCGUAUCUGUGGUCGACCUGCUUGCGGUAGCAUUAUCCUCAAAGGCGCAUCAUAUCAUUACAUUGCCACCAUUGUGCCUAGCCAACCUGGUCGCUUCAUCUGCAGAGCAUGUUACUUGCAAUAUGCACAGAAGCUUUCAACAUCAGUCCGACCCUCUUCAAGACCCUCUUCAGUUCGCCCUUCUUCUGCACAAUCACUCCCUGAUCCUAACGUCAUACAGCAAAGUGUAAAUGCUGCACAGCGCAGAUCUACUAUCAACCCCCCUCGUGUGGUUCCUUUCCUACCUCAGCCCUCAAGUAGCGCUGUGCAUAUGGGCCGCCUUCCAGGCCCAUAUAUUGCCGUGCCUUUAUCAUGGCAACAACCACCAGUCAGUUCCAGCCAGAACAGGGCACCUGGUCCCGCAGGGUACUCAGCGCACCAUGCUCAAUAUAGUUUGGAGCCAUACGCUCCACCCCCUGCGGAGACUAUCACAUUAGAGAUAACAGCUGUGUAUGAGGGGAAUUCACGGAAGAAAAGCGGACGCGGUGUCUUCUUAGAUAGAUGA